GAAGCUAACUGGCUAAUGAUUAGCGUCUCGCGUGCGCCGAGGGGCAGCAAUGAAGCGCGUGGCGAGUCUUCGGACGUGCGAGCAGCUGCUGAGGUUAAUGUUGCCAUUUAUUUUGUUUAACCGCGCUGCAGAGGCGUGCGCUGCCAACGCAUCGCAGCACGGGGCUAGCACAGACACUUUGAUACUAUGUAGGGCGUGCGGACACGAGUUGGCCUUCGGGACGGACAUUAUCUUUGUUCCCAGCCCGCUUGCACUUUCUAGCCGCAACGACACGUCAGUCAGCGGGCGACGGAUCCACGUCCAGCUCCUCGAAAACCCCCACGGACACCAGUUUGAGGUGAUCACGUUCAGAAGCGCAGAUGUAACCAAGCACUGGCCGGCAGACGGAGGCUUCUCCUGGUUCCCGGGGUUCUCCUGGACCAUAGCUACCUGCCCCAGGUGUAGAACUCAUUUAGGUUGGGCCUUCCAGCCAAGUGACUGGCCAGACACAAUCACAAAAACCAGAUUUGAAGAGUCUGGGAACACUUUUGUGACUUUAAUCACUCAUCGACUUCUGAGAGAAGACUUCGCAUCGAGCCUACUAAUGACUCCAAAGUCAUUUAAAAGCUAAAAGGACUCGGGCGCUUUUACUGCUGCCCAGAAACGUUUUCAAAUAAAAUUGUAUGCAGUCAAUUUGAGGACCCACUUCUAUACAGUUUUAUUGUAACAAACCAGGUUAUGCACUUUGUUGUAAUUGCAAUUCUUUUGAAAUUACACUCAUCUUUUAUACCUGUAAAACAUUUG